AUGGUGGGCAUCCCGGCCGAGCCCGGCCCUUCCGGCCUCUCCGACUACCCCUACCACAGCCGGCAGCCGGGCGGUAUUGCCACCGUGACGUCACAGCGGCGAGUCGGUGACGUCACUGAGGCAGAGGCGCUGGCCAUAAGGGCGCCAAUACAAGAAGAAACUGCCAGUGUUCUGGACCGUGAGGACCGAGAGGAUCGCCGCAGGCGUGCCGGUGCCACUGAAGGAGCUCCCAACUCCGAGCUCAACCCCUCACGACAGUACCGCCGACAGCGAAGUCGCAGUCAGGAUCCUGAGCAUCACCGUGAGCCCUUGGAACCCCCACGAGGUAGAAGACGCUCCACAGACGAAGGGGAACCACCCAGGAGGGACCACGCUGGAGCGCCCAUUCCUGGGAGACUGACUGACUCUCGUCCAGGUUCCCAGUUGAGUCUACAAUUUAGUAGUCAUAUGAUCAACAGCAAUCGAUUGCAGAGGGCUGGGUCAGCUGGAUCACAAGGCCGCCCAAGACGUGAACGCACUCGAACAGAGAGUCGUGAGAGAGGUGUGGAAGAAAGAGCAAAACCAAGACGAAGGGAUGAUUCAGUUGGAUCGUAUGGGAGACAGAGGAACAGGGAUGAUGAGAGAGGUGAAAACGUGGAUGGCAUGCGUCAAGGAGACAGACGAGGAGGGGAGAGAAGAGGUGAUAGGUUUGAGAAUGAUCGCGGAGAGAUAAGAGGACGUCAAGAACGAGAUGAGGGCAGAUACAGACGUGAAGAGAACGUUGAUGACGGAGGAAGAGGCAAUGAACGGAAUCGUAGAGAUGAAAGUCGGAGACAGCGAGAAGACUGGAAUGGAAGGAAUGACAACGACAGAGGCGGUUACCACGUCGAUGGACGCAGAGAUAGGGACGUCGAUGCUAGACGACAAGAUGGCGACGGUGAAAGACGUGGAAGGCGACGAAAUCAGGAUGAAGGAGAUGAUUAUCAAGACGAAGAGCAAGAUGACCAGCAAAGAGGAAGGAAGCAUGGGGAUCGAAGAAGAGACGAAGAGGAUAUGAAUGAAGGUGUAUCUGAACGAGGACGAAAUGGCAAACGAAGAAGUGAUGAUGAUGAUGACUAUCAAGGGCGAGAUGACAACUAUCGUUGGCGUAACGAUUACGACGGAAGGGAUAGGGAUGACAAUGAUAAGAAAAGCAAUCAAAAUCGCAAAAACAGAGACGAAGAUGCCAAGCGAGGAAGUGAACAUGAUGGUAGAUCUCAAAGACGUCGAGGAAGUGAUGAUUCACGGGAUAAUAGUAGGAAGAGCGGUUCACAUAGGGAGAGUGGCACUCGGCGAGACAGCGAUGAUAUAACCGAUGAAGGAAAAGGAAGACGUGGAUCAAACGGGGAAAAUGGAAGCCGACGGGGUUCCGAUGACAAGCGAAACUCCGAUAGCGGCAACACCAAAAAUCUGUCGGGCAAAUCAAUAGCCAGUGGUGAUGACAAACCUUCAAAGGGUCAGUCUGAUUCAAACACAUCAGCUGAAUCAAAACGCUCUUCAAAAGAUUCCAAAAAACAAUCUGCUGACAAACGUAAGGGCGAAACGUUUGAGAUUGACAUGAAGGAUGCUAGCGAAAAAUACAAAUCGAAAGACGGCAAGACACUGAAGAAGCAGGGAUCUCAGGAUUCAAAGGCGAACGGUGAUGAAAAAUCGAAGAUUAGGGAGUCCUCUGACGAAAGGGGAAAUGGGAGGGACGACAGUGGACAAGACAAGGGAAAAACUAAAUCAUCGAAGUCCUCAGGAUCAAAGAACAACAGCGAUGCAAAAUCUGCUGACAGUGCAAACAAAGAUAAAUCUGCCAAGGAGUCGAAGUCAAGCACAAGCGCAGAAAGUGACCAGAAAACAGACAACAAAUCAUCUUCAUCCAAAACCAAAUCCAGUAAAAGCGACAAAGACAGCAAGAACAAAUCGGAGCAAGCUGCCAGUAGCGGCAACGAGCCAACCAACGCCUCCGGAAAAUCAGCCAACUCAGCAACCACAAAGGCAAACAUCGCAGCCGACUCGGAGCACGUGACUUCCAUCUCUUCCGACCACCGUCCUUCAGACAUAGCUGAGGCAAUCGCAGAAGGAGCCGAAGCCCACCACCCUUCAAGUCUCCCACGUCAUCAAUCUGACAUCAGUGAUGGCAUCAGCGGAGACAGCGGCUUCGCUGACGUCAACGCUCGUGCUCCUGUGAGUCAGGAUAUCCCAGAAGAAGAUCUCCGGCGAUUUGUGCCUGACGAUACUGGCUCCAAUAUCUCGUCGACACUUGUUCCUGGGGUAAGGAAGAAGAAAAAUCAGUUCUUGGAGAAGAAGAGUAUCUUCACCAUUGCCUAUGAUGAUGUUCAUACUCAUCGUCUGAGGAGCGAUACGCCACAUGAAGCUGAUGUGUAGAGAAGGUCACGCUGUUGGAUGUUUUGAGGAGAUGCGGAUGCAUUGAUUUCAGGAGACGUUCGCGCGGAGGUUAGGUCAGUUUGCUGGAUGAUCGGGCUAAGCAAAAACUGCGGCGGACAGUCAUGCAAGGUGUAAGAGAACAUAUGCAAUUAUUUUUGUGCAUUUAAUGAACUCUGUGAAGUGAAACCAUGAAAGUAUGUGUGCAGCAGAGGAUUCUGAGAAAUUAGGUGUGUACACAACACAUGCAUUGUAUUAUCAUUUGCCGCUUUAUUAGUCUGGGUGAAUUGAAAAAUUACCAUUUCUAGUGCAGUGCAAUGUUGUGUCCAUAUCAUUUGAUCUUUUUUCUGAAGCUUUUGUUACAAGUCGUUCAGGAUGCACUAUGCAAUGAUGAAAUGUGUACCAUGUACAAGCAAGAUAAUAGGAAACUUCACACUAAUUGUUAGCGAUGCCUUCAGCGAGAUCUAGUUUGGUUUCGAUCACAUUAUGUCAAAUGGUGACUUAGUCCGUUGUUGAACGGAACUGCACCACGUAAAUGUCGCUUGUGAUUAUGUUAUUCGAACAUAUCUGUCCACAUCACUCAGUCCGUUAACCUCAAUCAAUCCGUCCCCCAAUCCGUCCACUUCAAUCAAUCCGUCCAUACCCAAUCCGUCAAUUUACCCAAUCCGUCCACUGAAGCAUCGUGAUCAAUUGUGCUCGGCAAUGCUUACUCACUUUUAUCGAAUACCGGCUAGCGAUGCCGGCUAGCAAGCGUGAAUUGAAUGUGUUUGGAUGCUGAUAAGUGUGUAACCUGUGGCCUUAGCUGUGUAAGUAAUAUAUAUGUGUCAUGAGCAUUGUGUUCCAGCAAGGGGACAAAACGUUGUUUAAGGACUUGAUGGUUGUAAUGUUUGCUGAAAUUAUAGACUGAGGUAUUACGCAUACUCAGUCGAAUGCCUUGCAGAAAAUCCAUGCAUAACUUGCAUCGACAAUAUCACGAUAUUGUAUCGUAAUUUUUGUUUUCAUGUGUUGUAUGCUUAAUUGUUUAUCCACGCAAAUAUUACCAACCAUGUCUCUCUCUCUCACUUUCUCCCCCCUCUCUCUCUCUCUCCUCCCCUUUCUCCAUUCUAUACCUCUAUCCAUUUUGGAAUACCAGACAAAGCGAUUAAAUAGCGUUAUAUAUAUGAUUGUGGCGAUCUUUGCUGUGAAUACUCGAAUGCCCAGCCACGUUUGUAAUAA